AUGAAUAAUUCUUCUUCAAAGCAACAGAUAUUUCCAGGCUCAGGAAUGACUGAAGCUACAGAAGACAACAAUAGCAUUAGGCAAGAAUACACUAGUGUUGCUCGAGAUCUAGCAUCAGAGGAAUCGAACCAAAAGGAAGCGCAAUCGGAUGUUGGAAUGAGUCGACAAUCUGUUCCUUUAAAAACAACUGCUAUCAGCCAAAGUUUGCUCAGCACACCCAUGAUUUCAAAAAUUGCAAUUGAAUUCGACAAUCUCGAGGACAACGUCGGAAUUGGAAAAAUCCCACCAACCGAGAAGGAAACUUUGAUAGUUAGUAGUGGAGUUCAAUCUCAAAAUCAAUCAACUGAUGGAGAUCGAGACGAACUGGCACGAGAGACGAAAGAAGACCUUCGCAGUGGAAAUGAAGAGACUGCUGAUGUAAACGGAAGACGUAUAAGAUCCGUACUACCGGCUGAAUCCACCGUUGAAGUAAAUCAGCACCAGUCAAUAAUCACACUCCCAAUAGACUCUUUGCAUUGGCUGGCUUCCUUUCUACUGCCCUCGGAAUGGUCAAAGUUUGGGGAGUGCAGCAAAGCAUCGAAUCGCAUCUGCAGAGAAAUUUUCAAACGGGUGAAAAUGCAUGGAUUCCGUUGCGCUACUGAGGUCCUGAGUGCCUGGGCUGUCUGCCAACAAUCGGAUGCAAAAGAAUUGUGCGCUUUGUAUAUUAGAGCAGGUGUUCCAAUAUAUCCCAUUUCGCUUGGCCAUUCUUACCACACCUUAAUCUGGAGGAUGAGCUUGGAGACGAAUGAAUCGCAUUGCAAAACUGACACACAGACAACAUUAAAUGGGCUUGAGGCAGAACUUCCGCUAUUUGAUCGUUUCUUUGUUGAACGAUCUGAUUUUCGAUCUCGGGAGCGCUUGCAAUUUAGGCAUUCGUAUCUUGAAGAGAAGGCGUUGCAUACGCUGGCAUUAGAAGCUGAAAAGACUUGCCGCCCUGGCAUGCAAAUGUUUAGAAGACAGGUGUCAAUGAACUCAACAACGAAUUCAAGAAUCCGAGAUAGAGUAACUCUUGGACCACACGCUUCAGCUGAAAGAUCAACGCCAUCGGCGGUUUCCAUUGUUUCUCAAACUCUGAAGCGAUCAAACUCGCAAUCAAAUUUUGGACAGCAAACACCAAAGGUCCCACUUCAGGUGCACAGGCACCUUCUGGAUCAGCAUCUUUUAGGGAAAAAAAGCGUUGAUGAUAAUGACGGCACAAUGAUGGCCCCAAUGAUGAGUUUAUCUGCUGAUUUCUUUCACCCCCACUUCUCAUUUCGUCCUGUUUGGGGGAAGGCGAAAAGCAAAGAAAACUCCGCAAGUUCGCCUUCAAAACCAACUAUGCUAACUGAAAAUCUAUUGCCGGCAUGGAAUGACGCUCUACGAGGUAGGGCAGAAUUUGAUGACGGAGAGCUCGAGAGCGAAGACAGCGAUGAUCCGUUGGUCCGACACGUAGAGAUUAUGAACGAAGCCCCUAUUGAUCAAAUACACCAUGACGAGGAAUCACUCAGAAGCAUACCAAUCUCUUCGCAGAUUCCCAUGAUUUCACCAGUGAUACCCCGAUUUUGCACUGACGUCUUGUCAAAUGUUGAUUUAGAGGUUUACAGUGCAGGUACUCUCUUGGGAAAAGAGGAAAACAAACAUCGUGCCGAAGCAAGAAGAAAAACACAGUACCUCUGCUCGAAGUAUCAGAAACGGUUGGAUAGGCACAUGAUAAAGAACGACUUCCAUGGUUUUGAUGAGUGUAUGCUUGAUUUCUGGGAUGAAUUGUUCACCCAGAGUUCAGGAAUCCACUACUACGAUCGCCAUACCCCGGUACCGCGAUUGUCCUUGCUUCACAAAUUCCUGACCACGCCCUGUCCAAAAGCGAUCGGAAUUGUACAGUGCGAAAUAGAACGAAUCAAACUCUCUUCUAAAAAGAAAGGAGUCGAUAUGAAGGGGAGAUUCUUUCCGACUUAUGAGUACCGUUUAUUUAUUCGGCAUCGUCCGCGUGCUGAAAAUGAGUGUCCUCGGAAGGACACCAUUUUGAUGACUGCAAGAAUUAGAGGACGUCGACAGCCCGGUACAUCUGGACCCCAACUUGCUAGCAAGAAAGGAUCGAACAACUACUUCAUUUGUCUCCCAAGCAAGGAAGAUUUCGACCGUCACUACAGAGAUGUCAACGGAAAGAUUUCACCAAAUUUUGGUGCAAUGAAUGGUGCUGGGGUUUUCGAAGAGAACGUUCCAUGUAACCUUUUGCUGGGCCGCCUGCAAAGUAACUUUAUCGGCACUGAGUUCCAGAUAUUUACGCCGCGUUCAGGUCAAAUCGAUCUGUCGCAGCAGCAAAAGCAGGAGGACAUACUUUCAUUAAGUGCUUCUCCUCAGCACAACAAACUAAAGCCAACCUCUUCAUUAAAACAGAAAAAGAGCUUUCGACGGCGUCUCUCGAUGAGACGUGAUGCAAGCGAAGACGAACGGGAUCAAUCAGCGUCAGUAAUUGACGAUUUUUCCAAUCGACAGAACCAGCAGCAUCGAAGUUUAAGGAGAUCUUGCUCUUCGGGGGAGCUGAAAUACAGGCAUAGCAGAAAUAAUCGACGUGCGAUUGCAAAUACAAACGAAGCCUUCGGUUUGCAACCCUUGGAAGAUGAAGCGGGAGCAAUCACGUACACAGCAAACUUACUGGGCAGUAGACCGCGCAUAAUGGAUGUUUGCAUUCCAAAGGUUAGGACCUCUUGUGACACCGACUUUCGUCAGAAUGAAGUCUCUAGUGACGUUGAUCAACAAACUGGUGGACAGCGGAUGAUAGAUCGCUUGAAGCAGAUGCAACAGCGCACAGACAACGAAGAGCACGAGCGAGAGCCCAGUCAAACGGAACCAGUGACGGAGACUGAACAUCGGCAUGCUCCAACGAACGACUUCGGCCUAUUAGCGCUACAAAACAGACCGCCUUGGUGGAAUGUAGAGCUCGGUUCGUUCGUUUUGAAUUUUGGGGGUCGGGUCAGCGUCGCAUCUGUAAAAAAUUUUCAACUUUGCGAUAAAAAUGAUCAGGAUUACAUCAUGCUGCAAUUUGGGAGAAUUCAAGGUCGGCACUCUUUCACGAUGGACUUUCAGUAUCCUCUUACUGCGGUUCAAGCUUUUGCAAUUGCGAUAUCAUCAUUGCAAUCCAAGAUAUCAUUUGGUUGA